UGAUAGUAUAAAUAUGUUAAUUUGUAAUAAAUAUUGAGAAACUUAUUCAUUUAGUUGUAACAUUCUCAUGAAUCUAAAAUGAAGCACAAUUUUUGUUAUGUAAUUUUUACAUUAAUUACCCCUGUACUGUCCAAAAAAUGCGACAACUUGGGAAUUCUAUUAUACGAAGAUAUGGGAUGCUCGCCACAUUACGAAGAAUCUAAUCCUUGUCCUACGAGAUACGCUUGUCAUGGCUUAGAAUCAUCAGAAAAGCAUUGUUUUUACAAAAGCAAAAUUUACGAAAUUGGAGAAAUUGUAGAUAACCAAAUAUCUAACGGCAGCUGUUACCAAUCAUGCCGUUGCACUAAAGAAAAAGAAUCUGCGAAUUUUCACUGUGCGAUUUUGGAUUGUGACGAAUGGCUCGAUUCGCCGAUAGGACACGGGUGUUACAGACAAUACUCCCUCGACGAUUGUUGUGCCUCUGGGCAAAGUUGUCCACCUUAUAACAAUGUUGCGAAAUGUAUAAUUGACGGUAAAGAAUACAAAGAGGGGGAGAGAUUCUAUCCGGAAAAAACAUGCUUACGAUGCAUUUGUCAGAAAGGAUUUAAGGGUAAAUUAGAAGAACCUUUUUGCAAAAGAAAAACAUGCGACGUUCAGCUGGAGAAAUCAGUUCAGGAUUUUUAUCAAGCAUGUGCGCCGUUGUAUGGGCCGAAAGGAGAAGUGCUUUGCUGCCCCUUCGGUUGGAUUUGUCCCGACGGGUCUGAAAAUAUCCAAGGGCGCAAUAAAACAGAUAACACCUGCAAAUUUGGCAAAAAAUAUUUAAAAAUCGGUGAUUCGGUCGAAAAACUAAACGUCAAGAAUGGGUUUGGUGAAAUUAUAAAGAAAAUUGUAUGCGAGUGUGUGGUUCCACCUCUACUGACCUGCAAUGUCGUACUAAGCAGCAGUCACAAUUAAUUAAAUAGGAAAUAAUUUAAUAUUUAUAAAUGCUUAUAAAUCAAAUUAUUCUAAUUUCUUUCCCAAUUUCGGAACGAGCAUACAACCUGAAAAAAUAAUUUUAUUUAUAUGUUCUCGUUGAAACAUUUUCUAUCAAUAAUUUCAUUAAUUUAUCAUAACUUUCGCGUCUUUUACACUUUAAGACUAUUAACAAUUUUUUUUUUAUUUAUGCAUUAUUCAAUUGGGUUUUAGUCAUUUCAGUGUAUGUGUUGGUGAGAAAUUUUUCAACUUGGCCAGUUUUGAGAGAGAAAUUCAAUAUU